AUGCUUGGUGCCUCCGUUCGCAGAUUUUCGAGUUUCUCGCCGAAACUCAACACGCCGCAUUUUGACACACACUCCUUUGUCCAGCAGCUCAGGAAUUCGGGUUUCGACGCCAAAAAGGCAGACGCGGCCGUGGAAAUUCUGAGCAAAGCCAUCAACGAUGGCAUUGACAAGUAUGCAGCCAAUCUGAUAACCAAGGAAACGCUCAACAAGAUGUCCUACCAGCAGAAAGUGGAUUUUGCUAAGCUGAAGGGCGAGCUCCAGAUGAUCGACAAGUCGGAGUUCAACAGCCUGCGGAACGAACACGAACGACUACGCAGCGACCUGGAGAAAAUGCGCACAAAAUUCAAAGAGGAGAUGAACAAGAGCUUGUCGGGAGUGAGGCUCGACCUAAAUCUCGAAAAAGGACGGGUGCGCGAGGAGAACUCGAUCUACGAUCUAAAGAUAAAGGAAACCGAUACGCGAAUCGACGAGGAGAUCGCAAAUAUGAAGGUCCAAAUCGAGUCUGUGAAAACACAGGUGAUGCAAUGGCUUUUUGGUGUCUGUACUGGUACAUUUGCCCUGGUGCUGGCAUAUGUUCGGUUGAUGAGUUGA